GGCUUCCAGAGAGUGGUCAUGAAUGGUUUAACACCAUGCGGACACAGAGCGCUUAGCGGGCCGGUCAGAGCCUCUGGCGGGUCUUAAGGAGCUCGACGUGGAAAAAGGAAGCGGGUCGCCUUCCAAUCUAAAGGCGUGCACAGAGGCGUCAUGGCCACAUUGCGAAGCGGAUCUGCGCUGCGCCAGGCAGUUCUUGUCGCGGCGUUGUUUACGCGAAGCUUCUGCGUCCUGGCACCUCGAGAGCCCAGCAGCGCGGAGCAGCGGUCCUUGGACUGGCGCGUGUUGUCCGCGCUGGACGGCGCAGUGGACGCGCUCGCGGCCAACAUGGACGCUGUCUACAUGGACGCAGCGCUGGGACUGCGCGUCGCGGACGAUCGCCUGCAGAAACUUAUCGACCAGGCAAGUGACAGUGAGAACAACAUCAUUUCCAAGCCAACAAAAAGAGCGAGCGUGACGAUUGAAGACAUUCGGGCCGUCCAGCAGAAAACAUCAACUCUCGCGGACAUCGCCGCUGCGCGUGUCGUCGGAAGACAGGAAGCCAGCGUAAGCCAGACACUGGCACGUGGCCUGCUGCGCAAGGGUCUGUGGAAAGACCCGCCGAUCGCCGCCGAUACGUUUCGUGCUCGGACCUCGGACGACGAUGCCGAGCUGGCAGCGCCCGACGUGAUUGAGGGGGUUUCUGACGGCUGCCUGCAGCAGCUAUUUGCUGGCCGCAACUGUUGCCAACUGAACGACAGCUGUUGGGUGGCCAUGACGGGCGGACGUCAGCACGGGUACGCCCUCACGCACCAAGCGAUCUUCCUCACCGUCGGAAUUCGGCUUAACUGCACGGCAAAGCUGAACGGCCUGGCGACGCGACACGGACAGCCACCGGCCGACUGGAACCUGGCAUCCAAGUGCGCCCGCGUCGCCGACAACGCGCAGCUCAUAGUCGACGAGAACUUCCCGCUACGUCUCAGGGACCUGUUCAUGGAGCAAGUUGCCGUGUGCGGUUUCAUGGACCUGCCAGUGUUCAGGGAUCGAUCAGCCAUGGAAGACGUGCUGUCCUGGCAGAGGGAUGAUGGCUGCUACGUCGUCGAAAACGAGCCUGCUGUGGGUUCGCUGCCGCAGAGGAUCAAAAGAGAAGAACGCAAGGGCAAAGACCAGUGUUCCCUGCACAUGACGAGCGUUGCUGCCGGAGCGCUUGCUACUUACCUGCAGAUACUGCAUCAGACACGGUUUGCCAAUCGGACAGCUCGGGUGUGAACGGCUGAAUCCGUCCUCGUAAAAAUAUAUAUACAUAUACUCCCGAAUUCAAGAGCAAGAAGCGGUGUGAAAACCCUACAAGAAAUAAAACGUAAUACGUGUGCCUGCA